AUGAGUAGUUCGCAACUUAUUGACCAUCAGAGAAUACAUAACCGAUUAAAGCCGUAUCAGUGUGAUGAGUGUGGAAAAGCCUUUUAUUAUAGUUCACACCUCGUUCCGCAUCAAAGGACCCACACUGGAGAAAAACCUUUCCAGUGCAGUGAGUGUGGGAAAGCCUUUCACUACAGCUCUGGACUCGUUCGGCACCAGAGGACCCACACAGGAGAGAAGCCCUACAGGUGUCACGUCUGUGGAAAGGCUUUCUGUCUGAGCUCACACCUGAUCCAGCACCAGCGAGUGCACACUGGGGAGAAACCGUACCGGUGCAGCGAGUGUGGGAAAAGCUUCAGCCAGAGCUCAGGCCUCUUCCAUCACCACAGGAUCCACAGUGGGGAGAAGCCCUAUGAGUGUGACGAAUGUGGAAAGGCCUUCAGUCACAGCUCAGCCCUGGUUGGGCACCAGCGAAUCCACAGUGGGGAGAGGCCCUAUGAGUGUGACGUGUGCGGGAAAGCUUUCUGGCGGAGCUCACACCUCCUGGUACAUCAGCGAAUACACACCGCAGAGAAGUCCUGGGGACGUAGGCAAUGGUGCAGAAUUGUCCAUCUGUGCUCGCUCCUGCAGAACUUCAGAGAGGGACACCGCCGUGAUGGGGAAGUCAGGCAUUCUCUGAUCCCCAUUGUGGUUUCCGCAGUCAUUUGA